UCAAAUGAUCCACCCACCUCAGCCUCCCAAAGUGCUGGGAUUACAGGUGUGAGCCACCGCACCUGGCCUUUAGGCUGUAUUCGUCUUCUAGGACUCUGGGCUCAGUUUCUGUUGCCAUGGUAACCUUUCCCAUUUUUGGUCUUCUCUGGAAAGUCAGGGACCCUCUGGCCAGGUCCCGGGGUCACCCAUGAUGUGAGCCUUGUGGGGUUUUUUGGUAGUAGAGCACUCAUGAUCUAUGGAAGACCACGAGUACGUCAGAACGCCCCCUACCCCAGCCACCUCCACCCUCUUUCCCAAGGCCUUGAGGGACAGAGGGGACAGGAUGGGGUCAGAGGUGGGGAGGGGCCUCCGAGGGCCAGGCCCUUCGUCUCCCUUCACACCCUUCACUCCCCUCUCAGACCCAGGCUUCUGCCCCACGCCCCUCCCCUGGCCCAGCCACCAGCUGACUUCCUCGGCCGGCCCCCUCCCCUCCACUCUGGGAUUGGUGCCAGGGUGAGAAGGGGACACUGGCACUGACCGUGUCUGGGAAUUCCCGCCCACCGAGGAGCCGAGGGGAGGGGGGGUCCCCGUGUCCCCAAGGAGCCAAUAGCAGCCAGGCCUUGCCCUUGGGGGGGGUGGUGUAUAUCUUUCAGGCCAGCACCCCCGAGGCACUGUCUCCUCUCUGCCCGCCUGGCACCAGCCAGACCCCGCUCUGCCCGGGGGGCUCUGAGCCCCCCAGGCAUUCCCUUCACUGCAUCCUUCUCCGUUGGGGGGGCGUCUAAGGACCCUUUCCCCUUGGGCAUGGCCCAGCCAGGGAUCUCUGUCAAGUCCCUGGUGUCAUCUUAUGAGACCCGAGUGGUGGGGAUGGCUCCGGGGCCGCCCCGAAAAAGGGACUGUGCCUCUUCCCCUUGCUCUCCCCGGGGUGCGUCCCCCAUACGAGGGACAUCUGGGCCCCCGCCCCACCGGGGCCUGGGAGGCCCUGGGCAGCGGCCCUCAGCCCGCAGGGGGAUGGACAAAACCCUCCUCUCCCUCAUUCUCUACUGUCACAGUGGCUCCGGAAGCCUGGUUGGCAUUGACAACAAAAUCGAGCAAGCCAUGCUCACAGGAGACCCCUCAAGAGGUGGUCACUGGCCCACAGCCCACCCCGUCCUCCACCUGCCACCUCCACCGUACCAAAUGCUGGCUCUGCUCUUUCCUCCGUGUUUGUCCUGUCAAGAGAGAUGGUUGUGGUCAUGAAGUUCUUCCGAUGGGUUAGACAGGCUUGGCAAAGGAUUAUUUCCUGGGUUUUCUUCUGGAGGCAGAAAAUUAAACCAACCAUCUCAGAACACCCUGGCUCCAAGAAACACUCAUUGAAGAAGAUGGAGAAGACUCUCCAGGUGGCUGAGACUUUGAGGUUGGUCGAGUCCCCAAAAGAGGCUAAACCCAAGUUGGCUGAGUCCCCCAAGCUGGCAGAUCCCUGCGUGUUGGCCAAGACUACAGAGGGGACCAAGGUGGAGCUGGGCCGACAGGGCCGAUCCCUGCUGCAGCUGCCGAGGACGGCCGUCAAGUCUGUCUCUACGCUCAUGGUCUCUGCCCUGCAGAGCGGCUGGCAGAUGUGCAGCUGGAAGUCAUCAGUGAGUUCUGCCUCAGUCAGCUCCCAAGUGAGGACUCAGUCACCUUUGAAGACGCCAGAGGCUGAGAUGCUGUGGGAGGUGUACCUGGUGCUGUGGGCUGUUCGGAAACAGCUUCGCCAGCUGUCCCGCAGGCAGGAGAGGCACAGACGGCACCACGUCCGAUGCCACGCUGCCCCUCGACCCAACCCGGCUCAGUCCCUGAAACUGGAUGCCCAAAGUCCCCUCUAGGGGGGGAUCCCCAGACCCUCAGAGAGUCCCAACCUCAUUCUUACCUGGGGUCCCAUAUAAGCCCCUUCAUUCCAUGUAUUCCAUUUGUAAAAAAAAUUAUCAAAAUAUUGGGAAAUAAAUAUCAGAUAGUUCUGAGUCA